ACCUGCGUCAGUUGGAUGUCAUCAGGCAGCAGUAUCACCAGGAGAUAAAACAUAUGAAGCUGAGAGCUGAAGCUGAGUCUCAUUCACAGCAGAAACAUGGAACCUUUGUGGUGGAGAAACCUGGAGAAGCUGGUGCAGACGGUGAAGAAGCUGCACCUGUACAGGACAUGGAAGCAGCUCUGAGGCAAGUGAGAGAGGAGACCAGAGCUCUGCGGAGAAAGCACGGAGACAAGAAAGGAAUCAUGUUCGAGAUUCCAUUCGAUGAGAAGGAGAAAGAGGGCGUCGGCCCACUGAGCCACACCCUGAGCUUCCAGGAGGGGGAGGAGUUGAAGCUUAGGGAUGUGUUGGAGGAAAGAAGGGGGUGGAGUUUGAGGACUCCUCAGACUCUGCUGGAUGCACUCGCCAACAUGGACGUCCACUCCGUCUACGCGACUGUCGCUGAGAAACAAGGUGAGGAGGCGGCGGCUCGCAGACAGUGGGUCGACGGCCCCCCCAACACUCUGCUGGAUGCUCUCGCUCAGGCUGAACUUGCUUCAUCAACUCUGAACUCAGUGACCACAGAUUUAGAGCCAGAGGAUGAAGAAGAGAAGAGGGAAGAAGAUGCAGAAGAGGAGGAGGAGGAUGAGGAAGACGACUCUGAUGUGGAGAUGGACGAAGAGCGGCUGGAGCCGAGGUCAGACGACGACGACACGAACUUUGAGGAGUCGGAGGACGAACAGAGAGAAGCGGUGGCAGACUCCAUGAAGAACCUGUUCGUCGUGGAGGACGGGAGCUCAGACAAAACAGAAAAUUCAGAGGCAGAUGAUGGGAAGGAGGAUAUCGGAGACGCAGACCCUCAACAAGUCCAACCAGAAUUGGUCGUUUUGUCUGAGCCCAGAGAAAGUGACAGUCAGGGACGUUCAGACGAGUCCCAGACAAACGAUCACAUGUGUGUAAAUACACAGACUCAGACAACCUGACUCAUCAAGUAGGUGUGAAUGUUUGUCCGUCGUCCUCAGCUGCUUCCUGCUGACGACAGAACCUUUAAAAACACCUCACAAAUAUUUAGUUUCCAGUAAAACGUCUGAGUUUCCUGAAGCUGCUGCUCUUUCUGGUUUUCAUCAAACUAACAGACGGACAUUUGUUGGACUAUUUUCAGCAGCAGAUUAUUCCAUGUUUGGUGUAGUGAGGUGUGUGUGUGUGUGUGUGCGUGUGUGUGCGUGUGUGUGUUAUGGUGAUAAAGUAAUGUUUUUACAUUGUAAAGGCUCAUUUAUUAU